AUGACGGGAAUUACAGACAAAGAUGUCCCUAAAGAGCCAACUAAAUUACUCACCUGGAAAGAUUUGGGUCUAGCAGACGUGCUGUGUCGCGCAUGUGAAAAUUUUGGGUGGAAAGCUCCUACAAAAAUUCAAAGUGAAGCCAUUCCACUGGCCCUCAAAGGAAAGGAUAUCAUAGGAUUAGCUGAAACUGGUUCUGGAAAAACUGCAGCCUUUGCACUUCCAAUUCUGCAUGCUUUGCUGAAAAAUCCACAAAAGUUUUUUGCACUCAUUUUGACUCCUACACGAGAAUUAGCUAUGCAAAUACACGAUCAGUUUGAAAAACUUGGUGCCAAUGUUGGAUUGCAAUGUGCACUCUUGAUGGGAGGUGAUGAUAUGAUAAAGCAAACAGCACAAUUGGCUAAAAAACCACACGUUAUUAUCGCAACUACAGGAAGAAUGCUCGACCAUUUGAACAAUACCAAGGGAUUUAGUUUAAAAUCACUUAAAUAUUUGGUAAUGGAUGAAGCGGAUAAAAUGCUGAGUUUCCAAUUUGAAGAAGAAGUGAAUGAAAUUUUAGAAAGAAUACCAAAAGAACGAAGAACGUUUUUAUUUUCUGCCACUAUGACUAACAAAGUAGAAAAUUUACAGCGUGCAUCUUUGAAAAAUCCAGUUAAAGUAUCAAUAUGCACAAAGUAUCAAACAGUGGAUACAUUAAAUCAAUAUUACAUUUUUAUUCCUGCCAGAUUAAAGGAUGUGUAUCUAACUUAUAUAUUGCAACAAUUAUCUGGAAAUAAUAUCAUUGUAUUUUGUAAUACAUGCGAUGAAACAAUGAGAGUCGCACUACUUAUGAACAAUUUAGGAUUUAUGACAGUAGCUUUGUAUGGAAAAAUGUCACAAAAUAAAAGAACUGCAGCACUCGCGAAAUUCAAAGAAAGAGCCAGUUCUAUUCUUGUUUCAACAGAUGUUGCCAGCAGAGGUAUAGAUAUAGAACACGUUGAUGUUGUUGUUAAUUAUGACAUGCCGAUUGACAGCAAAAAUUACAUACACAGAGUCGGUCGAACCGCGCGUGCAGGACGAUCCGGCAAUGCUAUUUCUUUUUUGACUCAAUACAAUGCUGCGAUGUGCGGAGCGAUAGAAACUCUGAUUGAAAAAAAACUUGUUAAAUAUGAAACCAAAGAAGAAGAUGUAUUACUUCUCCAACAAAGAGUCGUAGAAACUCAACACACUAUGCAAAAUGAAUUAAAAGAAAUAAAAGAGGAAGAGCAAUCGAAUAAGAGGAAAAUAAAUUCAGACAGUGAGCGGGAUGAUGUUGAAGUGUUAGGAGGUAUCAAAAAUCAUGUAAAGCGAAGAAAAAAGGGAAAAAAGAAAAAUAAAUGA